GUUCUCGGCGGUGCGGGAAGCCCGAGGUGUGGCGCCCCGCGGGAGCGAAGGCGUUCGUCCCUCCGCGUCCCGGCAGGCAAGUUCGGGUAAAGGCUCGGCGAGCGCCGGGUCUGGCAGCGCAGCUGCUGCCGGCUCGCCCGUGGGAGAGCCCUGCGGGACGGGGACUUGGCGCGUUCCGGCUCUUUUCUUGGGACUCGUUCUAGAGUUAAGUUUUGAGAACGCUUUUUUUUUUUUUUUUUUUUCUUUGGAGCCUAGGUGCGGCGGUCAGGUCUAAAUAGCGCUGCCCUUGAGCGCUUAACGAGGGUGAGCCCACCCGGGAUAACGGGGAUCUCUCUUGCCGUGGACUUUUUAACUUGCGUGGCCUGUGCAGCCCUUCUUCUAGGGAGGCGGGAAAAAGCCCACAGCCACCCGAAACCCCCCCCCAGCGACUAGCGGCUUCAGCGCACGCAAAGGACGGGCGAGGGCCGUGUUUAGAGAUACAGCGGGUAUCUCUUGCCGGCUGGCUGCAGCAGGGAGGAGCAGAGUCGCAAAGAGAGAUAAACGCCCUUCGGGUCUUUGUUCCGAGAUUAUCUUCUUCGUUCUGGUAGCAGUUCUAGGAAGAAUUCUCUCCUGUGGAGAAGGCGUUUCGCGUAGACGGCAGGGAUGCGUAGCCCUGCAUGCCUGCUACCUCUUUUUUUCUAACCUGAGGCUCUUGUGGCACUUUACAAAGGGAGCUCGUUUUACGUGUAGGGAAACUACAGUCCUGAGGACAAAGUUAAUUGCCCCGGGCUACACAGCUCGUCAGUGGGAGAAGAGCUGAACCUCACCACCGGUUGCUCCAGUCCGCUGCCGCUUGCAUGCGUGGAAUGAUCCUCUCUCUGGCCCGGAUUCAGACCGACAGCGUGGUCAAGAUGCUCUGCGAGCUAUACCCCGACCUCCGCUUUGAGAUUGUUGCCAUGUCAACGACCGGAGACAAGAUCUUGGAUACGGCACUUUCCAAGAUUGGGGAGAAGAGCCUCUUCACCAAAGAGCUGGAAAACGCACUUGAAAGAAAUGAAGUUGACCUCGUGGUUCACUCCUUGAAGGACCUACCAACUUCUCUUCCUCCUGGCUUUACCAUUGGUGCUGUCUGCAAAAGGGAAAACCCACUCGAUGCUGUUGUCUUUCAUCCCAAAAACUGUGGGAAAACGCUGAACCUCCUUCCUGAAAAAAGCGUGAUUGGAACCAGCUCACUUCGGAGAGCAGCCCAGCUCAAAAAGAAGUUCCCUCAGUUAGAAUUCAGGGAUAUUAGAGGGAAUUUAAAUACCCGCUUAAAGAAGCUUGAUGAGAAGGAAGACUUCAGUGCCAUCAUCCUGGCUGCUGCUGGGCUGAAGAGAAUGGGCUGGGAGAAUCGCAUCGGCCAGCUCCUCAGCCCUGAAGAUUGUCUGUACGCUGUCGGACAAGGUGCCUUAGCAGUGGAAGUUCGUGCCAAAGACCAAGAGAUACUGAAUAUGGUAUCUGCCCUGCAUGAUGCAGACACCGUGUUAUGCUGCAUUGCUGAGAGAGCCUUUAUGAAACGUUUGGAGGGUGGAUGUAGCGUCCCUGUCGCUGUCAACACCGUGCUGAAAGAUGGCCAGUUGUAUUUGACAGGCGCGGUCUACAGUUUGGAUGGAUCCGAUAGCCUGAGGGAGACUAUGCAAACCAGCGUUAAUUAUCCCCAACAGAAUGAAGAUGGACCAAACGAUGACGUGCAGCACGUCGGCAUCACGGCCAAGAAUGUCCCUGGUCAGGCCCAGGAAGCCGCAGAGAACCUUGGUGUUGAACUAGCUAGUUUACUUCUGAGCAAGGGAGCUAAGCAUAUCCUUAGCGUGGCGAGGCAGCUCAACGAUGCCCGCUAAACCUGUGGUGUGGUUGGCACGAUUGCUACAACUCUAACAAGUCUUUGCAGCUACGCUAUCAUCUUCCUUUGGAGGAAGGGAUUUAUUUAAGUGUUCAUACCGGUCUUACCUGAUGUUUGGACACAAAAACUUGAAAUACUAAGUUGACUAAUGAGUAGUUUAUGCCGUUCAGGGAUUUCAUCCCUCUGCGUUUCUCUAAAUUAUCUCUGUGAAGUUUUCUCAACAAUUUUUGUAGCUAGGAAGUUUAAAAAAAAAAUAAUAAAAAGAAAUC